GUAAGCUCCGCACAUGUGUCAAGCAAGUAAAGACAGAUUGAGUUAAGUUGCGGGGACGCGGUUAUGCAGCAUCGGAUCCGCAUUGCAUCCUGCGGCGGGGGUGAGUAAUAAAAGGCAUCCAUGAUAUGCUCAAGUUAGCCUUCAAGCUGCAUCAGAGCUGCAUCACAGUCGGACAUAUUCCGCGUCACAAGAUACCGAUGCGGAUCCGCAUGCACGGACAAUCACCCCCGAUGCCUUCGUAGUUCCACGCGGAUCCGGUAUCUUUGCACACACAUUCUAGGCCUUCCAACUCUUGGCCCCGAUUUAUUGGUCUACAGGAAUACCCUGGCGAGAGGGGAAGGAUUGCCUGCCAGAAUUGGACUGAUGCAUCAUUAGCUGGAGCUACGCAUACACGGCUCCGUCGGUUAUCAUCACUGACAGGUGCUUAAUCCUGGCUGCUGACAGUAUUUAAGGUAUCUAUUCUCUUGGACCAAGUGUAUCCAAUCUCGAAACAUCGUCUGUGCAGAGAAAUACGAAUACCCCUCUGAGCUCUUUGAUCUUUCUAUCAUCUUCUUUGAACCUUGGCGAUAUCUCCUUUGUCGUUCUUCCAUCUAACAGAAUACCAAAAGGUACAACGCCGAAGCCAUGCACGUAAGAAGAGAACUCGCUGAGAAUGCCACGCGCGACACCACAAAUGGGAAUUACGCCGAUGAUCUCGACGUUGACGUCCUGAUUGUGGGUGCGGGUUUUGGCGGUAUCUACUCCCUGUACGAGAUGCGAAAGCUCGGGCUCAAGGCCGUCAUCUAUGAGGCAGGAAAUGACAUUGGUGGCACAUGGAGAUGGAACUGCUAUCCCGGCGCGGGUGUGGACUCGGAAGUACCCGAGUAUCAGCUGUCCAUCCCGGAAACCUGGAAGGAUUGGACGUGGUCGACCAAUUAUCCCAACUAUGAGGAUCUGCGCAAGUACUUUGACCAUGUGGACAAAGUCCUCGAUAUCAAGAAGGACUGUGCAUUCAACAGCGUAGUCGUCGGCGCCCAUUUUCAUACGGUCGAAGGGCGCUGGCACAUCCGGACUGCAGAUGGAAGGACUGCACGCGCCAAAUACUUUAUCGUCGCUGCCGGUUUUGCGGCUAAGCGCUACAUCCCGGAGUGGCCCGGCAUUGAGAAGUUCAAGGGUAUCGUCCAUCACUCGUCAUUUUGGCCUGAUGAGAAGAUUGACGUUCGUGGGAAGCGCUGUGCGAUCAUUGGCACUGGAGCCUCUGGCGUGCAAGUCACCCAGGCCUGGGGACCUGAGGCCGGGGAGCUCAAGGUCUUCCAGCGCACGCCAAAUCUGGCAGUGCCCAUGCGUAAACGACCUCUCACAGUGAAGGAACAAGAGGACACCAAGGCGUUCUAUCCGCAACUUUUUAGGUAUCGCGAGAAAUGCUUUGCGGGGUUCCUGUACACAUUUUCUGAGCGCGGUUUGUUUGAAGACAGUGAAGAGGAGCGGGAGCAGUUUUUCGAAAAGCUGUGGAGUGAGGGUGGAUUUCGGUACUGGGUUGGUAAUUACAAGGACUAUCUGUUUGACGCCAAAGCGAAUCGUGUCGUCUAUGAUUUCUGGAGGAAAAAGGUGUGUGAGCGCAUUAAUGACCCCAAGGACCAAGAGCUCCUAGCGCCUUCGGAGCCACCACACCCGUGGGGAGUGAAGCGCCCUUGUUUGGAAGAUGACUACUUCGAGCAGUUCAACCGGCCCAACGUUGACGUGGUUAAUAUCAAAGACAACGGUAUUGCCGACUUCACUGAAAACGGCAUCAAGCUGCAAGAUGGAACCGAAUAUGAAUUUGACAUUGUGUGUAUCGCCACUGGAUUUGACAUCACCACUGGGGGCAUGACCAGUAUGGGACUUCACAGCAUCGAUGGCAAGAGUCUCAAAGAGGAAUGGAAAUCCGGUGCCUUCACCCAUCUUGGCAUGACGGUCAGUGGUUAUCCCAAUAUGUUCCAUAUUUACGGGCCACAUGGCCCAACCUUGCUGAGCAAUGGCCCUACCACCGUGGAAAUCCAGGGGCGGUGGAUUGCAGAUGCCAUCAAGCAGAUGGAGCGGCAAGGUAUUAAGUACAUCAAUCCGACCGCAAAAGCUGCCAAAGAGUGGAAGGUCAAGGUCAAUGCACUUUCAGACAGGUCGCUCUUCCCUACGACCAAGUCCACCUACAUGGGUGGCAGCAUGCCCGGAAAGGUCUUUGAGCAGGUCAACUAUGCCGGGGGGGAGUACGCCUAUUCCAAGGAGAUCCGAGCAGCUCUUCCCGACUUUGUUGGAUUUGAUAUUGUCAAACGCUGAAGUGGGUGGCCAUUGGGAGACGUCGCGUUGUGUUUCACUAGCAAUAGCCUUUUGUAACCUUGGGAGUAACAACACAUGACCAAAUAAUUUGUCUGUGUC